UAUGGUUGGCGGGCUCUUCGAGGGCAGCGGCGGGAAGGCAAGAGGGAGCCGCUGCAGCCGCUGGAGUCCUCAUGGCCAAAGUGUGGCAGCAUCCUUUCCUGAAUGUCUUCAAACACUUUAAAGUGGAGGAAUGGAAAAGGUCUACUAAGGAAGGCGACGUGACAACUGUUACGGACAAGACUCUGAAAGGGACAGUGUAUCGCAUCAGCGGUUCUGUUCCUGCCAGUAACUACCUCCAACUUCCGAAGACCAGUACACAGUCAUUGGGCCUUACCGGCUGCUACCUCUACAUCCUUUUCAAGCCCAUGCCUACCAAAUACUUCGUGGUGCAUCUGGACGUUGCCACAGAGGACAGCCAGGUGGUCCGCAUCUCCUUCUCCAACCUCUUUAAGGAGUUCAAGUCCACAGCUACGUGGCUGCAGUUCCCCUUCAUCUGUGGGGCAGCCAGAGGGUCUGUCUAUGAAAACACUGUUAAGGCUGCCAAGCGAGAUCUGGUGGGCCUGGCCCCCACCAAUGUGCGCUGGACUUUCCUGACCUUCGACCUCCGUCAUGUCCUCUCUCUGUACUUGAACCGGAGCUACAGCCACCUGAAGAGCGUCAGGCUCUGUUCCAACCUGCUGGUAAAAAACCUGUUCACCAGCAACUUGCUCUUCGACCCAGGGGUGACCUUCUCUGAAGUGCAGCAGUCCAAGCAGACCUUGCAGGGUGUUGCCCCCAUUCCACGAGAAAUGGCAUUCCCCAUGCCAAAGGGUGAAAAUUGGCACGACCUCUACGAUUACAUUAGGUUUCCUUCGGAUGGAUCCAAGAUGCCAUUUGACUCUAUUCAAAAAGGCACUUUGAACCCGGCGGCAGAUGUUCACAGUCUAGAUGGCCCAGUUAGCCACCUUCCCAAGCAAGUAACUCUGAGCAAGCCUGUCCGGGACCGAGUGUCUCUCAUCCAACAAAUCACCAGUCCCAAGGAGAUGCCUCGUCAGUCUCCACUUCUAACCAAGAGCAUCCCCAGAGUAAAGCUGGCAGCCUCUGAACCUCUCCGGGAAAGCAACCAAAGUGGCUGGAGAGAAGGGCUGCGAUCCGGAGGAGAUUCUUGCCUCCCAUUGUCUUCACUGGAUGAUGGUGGAAUUCACGUGUAUGCUCACAAAAACAGGGAUGUCACCGUCCAUGAGGUCCGUAUUGAUUCUGAUGAGAACAUGUCUGCAAAAGUUCCUGGACCAAAAGUGAUCACCAGGAAUUCUACUCGCUGCACGAGGCUCUUACCUGAUCCAAUCCUGAAGCUGAAGAGGAUAAUUGGGUUUGGAGGCUGCAGCACUAGAUGGGCUCUCUGGGCUGCCCAUGGCACAGUGGUGGUCUACCCUUGCCAUGCUCUUAUCGUGGCAGUAGCUCUGGACUCUGGCACACAGUGGUUCUUUGCCGGCCACACAGAUAAGGUGGCGGCACUGGCAUUUAAUGGCAACAGCACUCUGCUGGCGUCUGCCCAGAUAGGGCACCUGAGCAUGAUGCGCCUUUGGGACUUCACCACGACAAAAUGCCUCUCCAUGUUUAAAACGGGCAUGCAUUCAGUCUCUUGCCUCAGCUUUUCCUACAACGGAAAUAUCUUGUGUGGCACAGGAACAGACGGGCAUGGGAAAACGGUGGUGGUGGUCUGGAACACGGCCCAGGCAAGCCGUGGCGGGGAAGUGGAGCUGCUGGCCAAGGCGCAUACGGAUGUGGACAUCCAGACCUUAAAGAUUGCCUUUUUUGAUGACACCAGAAUGGUGUCGUGUGGCAGAGAGAACGUGAGGCUGUGGCGAGUCCGGAGUGGAGCAUUACGAUCCUGCCCAGUGAACUUAGGCGAGUACCGUUCUCUGGAGUUCACAGACCUGGACUUCGAGGCUGGCCAUUCCACUGAGCGCGAGCUGGAGGAUCGGACUCUGUUCGUCUGCAGUAGGAGUGGACAUGUUUUGGAAAUUGAUUAUAAGAAUGUGACUGUCAGAAAUGCCCGGCGCCUCCUGCCAUCUGAAGUGCAGCACUCUCACCGACGGGAGAAACAGACCUUUAACUCAGGUCCUGGAAUAGCACUAAAUGGUAUCUGUCUCUCGUCAAGUUUCUGUGCCACGGCCUCAGAAGACGGCUACCUGCGCUUGUGGCCGCUGGACUUCUCUGAAGUCUUCCUGGAAGCCGAGCACCACAAUCCAGUGACCUCUGUUAGCAUCGAUCCUGAUAAUUUGAAGGUUUUGUGCACAACUGCCGCUGGGAAUGUGGGCUUCCUGGACAUCCAGUCUCGGGACUACAGCACCGUCAUGCGCUCCCACACGGAUUCUGUUUUGGCUUUUUCUGUGGAGGGACUGCAGAAGCAACUAGUGACCGUGUCUCAGGAUAACACCAUUCGCAUCUGGAACCUUGAGUCUAUGCAGCAGCUGUAUGAAUUCACUGCCUCUGAUGAAGUGCCCUGUGCUGUGGCUUUCCAUCCCUCGCAGCCGAUCUUUGCUUGUGGUUUUGAGACGGGUGUGGUGAGGACCAUCAGCUUGGCUGCCUCAAAGCUUCUUGAAGAACACAAGCAGCACCGUGGUCUCAUCACUGGCCUGACCUUUUCCCCAAAUGGCAGUUUCAUGUACAGCUCCUGCAGUCAUGGGACCCUGGCUCUUUACAACUGCACCAUGCAGAAGAGUCAUAUUCUUAGAGUUCUAGCCAACGUGGUGUCGCAAGAUGCCGACCAUGGUCCUGAUGCAUUGUCUGUCAGUGCCAACGGGCACCUCUUGGCUUUUGUAGGACCUUCAAAAUACGUUGUGACACUCAUGGAUGCUUAUUCCCUGGAUGAGUUACUAAGAAUAGAUGUCAGCAUUCUGGAUUUGGAGAGCACUGCUCUUGACAUGGCCGUGAAGCUCCAGUUUGCCCCUUCUUCUCCUGGCCACCUUUUAGUGACCACUUCCUCCCACAAGCUGCUUGUGCUGGAUGCCAAGUCCGGACGCUUGAUCAGAGCGGUCUCCCAGGUGCACAAACAUUCUUGUUCUUCAUUGGCCCUGAGCCUGGACUCCUGCUAUCUCCUGACCGCUGGUGACAGAGUGAUCAAAGUGUGGGAUUACGGGAUGAGAUUUGAUGUCAACUUUCAGGUGUUUAUUGGCCAUUCUGAGCUGGUGCGGCAGGUGGGCUUCACCCCUGAUCGAAGACAAGUCAUCAGUGUAGGCGAUGCCAUCUUCCUCUGGGACUUCCAAGGUGUGUUUGCUGAGGAGCCCUCCGAGGAUGAAAUCCAUUUCUCUCUUGUUGAAGCCUCGGGUUCUCCAGAAGUUGAAGCUAGUACUGAAGAAGUGCAGGAUUUGACCCCUGAAGCCAACGAUACUCCUCGCGAGCUGGUUCCUCUGCCGACAGCAAUCUCCCCACCAUGUUUGGAUCUCAGUUCUAUCCAACAAAUGGUACAUCAGAGUACUUUUUCAGAAUCUGAAGAGGAGGAGGAUGCAUGUUUGAAAAAGAAUAUCACAGCUGUCAAUGGGACCAAGACCACCUCUCUUCUUCCUGUGGAGGAAGCCAUGCAGAGUGAGGAGCCCACAGCUGCCACACCUGUUGUCAUUCAGCCUGGUUCAAGGCCCUGUAGUCAUGCAGGAGAUGAAUGUAAGAAGGAAACGAAGAGACUCGAGCCCCAAAACCACACCCGCCCAGACUGCUACCGACAUUUCGCCCCUCGUUUCAAAACGUCUGUGCCCUCCUCCCAGGUGCUCUCCCUUCCUCUAGCUGAUGCUGAAGGGCUGAAACUAAAAGCUGUCAUUGGCUAUAAUGGGAAUGGCCGGGGAAAUAUGGUCUGGAAUCCAGAUACAGGUCUCUUUGCCUACAGCUGUGGUUGUGUGGUCAUUGUCGAAGACCUUCACUCAGGAUCACAGCAGCACUGGCUCGGACAUCCUGAAGAGAUUUCAACAUUAGCUGUCAGCCAUGAUGCCCAGGUUGUCGCUUCCGCCUCUGGCUGCGGCCACAGAGACUCACGCUGCCAAAUUCGCAUCUGGAACGUGAAAGCUAGGACCUGCCAGAAAGUGCUUUUCCAUCACGAGACCCAAGUACAGGCUAUGGCGUACUCUCGGGACGACCGGCUUCUCGUCACCCUCGGAGACUAUGUUGAUCGGGUCAUUGCCCUCUGGAACACUCACACAUAUGAGCUGAUGUCGUCCACCCGUUUCUCUGACCCUGUCCACGAAGUGGCCUUUAGCCCACUCCAGGUGGGGCACCUGGCCUGUGUGGGGAGAGGAACUGUGACUUUCUGGCUUACAGAGCUGCAGGGAACAGACAUCAGUCUGAAGGUUCACAGGGUCCCUGCCCCUGAUGCGAUCGGGCCGGUGGAGCUGACGUCACUCUGUUACGGCGCCAGCUGUCUUUUGUACACUGGGACCAGCACUGGGCAGAUCUGUGCCUGGGACACAGAGACCAGUCGCUGCUUCAUGACUUGGGAGGCUGAUGGAGGGGAGAUUGGCAUCCUGCAGUGUCAUGGAGACAGGCUGGUCAGCGGCAGCAACACCAAGCGAAUCCGUCUGUGGUCAGUUGUGGCAGUUCAUGAGUUGCGAGUCCGAGGCUCCAGUGCCAGCUCUAGCUCAGUGCUCUUGGAGCAGGAGAUGACCUUGGAUGGUACCGUUGUCAGUGCCACUUUUGAUGAUUGUAUGGACAUGGGAAUUGUGGGCACCACUGCAGGGACGUUGUGGUACAUCAACUGGAUGGAGAACACCAGCAUCCGACUGAUCAGCGGGCACAAGAAUAAGGUGAGCGAGGUGGCCUUCAGCCCUGACGAGUCACACUGCGCUACGUGUGGGGAGGACGGCAGCGUGAGGGUCUGGUCGCUGGCCAGCAUGGAGCUGGUGGUGCAAUUUCAAGUGCUCAACCAGAGUUGCUUGUGCCUGGCCUGGAGCCCAGUGCCUGGCUCCCUCAGUGGACCCAAAGGCCAGCAUGUUGUGGCAGGGUACAGUGAUGGCACGCUCCGGGUGUUUAGCAUUUCCCGGACAGAGAUGGAACUGAAGAUGCACCCCCACUCUGCCGCUGUGACAGCCCUCAGCUACUCUGCAGAUGGAGAAAUCAUCUUGUCUGGUGACAAGGAUGGGCUGGUGGCCGUCAGCAGCCCACGAACAGGAAUGACUGUCCGAGUUCUGAGUGAGCAUCGCUCAUCCCCCAUCAACGUUCUCGACGGCACGAAGAAGCAGGUGAAGCGGCACCCUGCCUGGCAUGAGGGCUCAUGUGGCAGCUUUUCCCCAUCGGUCCACGGCUGGGAUGCUGAACUUGGGGUUGAAGGCAGCGAUCUCUGGUUGGCCGUGAGUGCUGACCGACGUGUGAGCAUCUGGGUCUCAGACUGGAUGAAGGACAAAUGUGAACUCCUGGAUUGGCUGAGUUUUCCAGCUCCGGCAGGUCCCGAGGUCCCUCAGCCUCUGCCUCCUAGCCUGGCAGCAUUUUGCCCUUGGGACAAGAGCACUGUCGUUUAUUCGGGCUUUGGGCUGCAGAAGGAAAUCCUUUUCUACAGUCUGCUGCAGAAACAGGUGAUUGACAAGAUUCCCUUGCCUUAUUUUGCUACAUCGCUGAGCUUGUCUCCUGCUGCCUGCAUCAUAGCAGUCGGCUUCAGUGAGCGUGUGCUGCGGCUGAUCGACUGCACAGCAAAGACCAGACAAGACCACCUGGGGCACGACGAUGCGGUUUGCCUUUGCAGAUUCACCCUGUCAGGGAACCGCCUCUUCACCACUUCCUAUAAUGAGAUCUUGGUAUGGGAAGUCCCAAACAGGUGCUGAGCCAGCUUCUUCCAGCUGUGCAUGUUCCCCUGGCCUGGAGCCAGAUGCAAGGACUCAGUCAUCAUGUUGCUACCUCAUGGGACUGGAAAGCUAGCUCUUCAGCAGCCAAAAUAUCAAUUAUCAGUCAGUCCCAGGGCUGUGAUAUUGCAGCAGGCAGAGCCGCUCAAAGAGAUGAGCUUGCAUCUUAGCAUCUGACAUUAGAUGUCUGUCGUAGAAGAGGUCUGCAGCAUGGCUAACAGCCAGUGCAUAGAGAAAGUGAGAGUGAGCUUGGGGUGGGGAGGAGGGAGACAUCCUCUGGACUUUUUUGUGCCCGGUAUUCCUCUCUCCAUCCAGGUCUCUGGGUUGGUGUGAGUCCCUGCCCUUCCUCAUUUUAGAAGGUGAUGCAGGAUUCUGCGACUCCUCUGUAUUUUCCCCGAAUCUUGGCUUUGCUUCAUCCUUCUUAGCUUGAUAGAAUUGCUUGCUCGCUUGAGGCGAACAGCUGAUGUUUCAAGCACCCUUUUGAUUAGGCAUUCCCUGAGAGUUGACAGGAAUUGCUUGUGGUGUGCAUUUAAUCUGAUUCAGGGGCAAAACCCAAGGGAACUUUUAACUGACUUCCCCUGAGCAUUGCAGGGCAUUCUUCAGCCACCGUUUUAAACAGAGAAACACCAACAGUUUGCUAAACCAAUCCUGUAGCAUAGCCAAGGCCAGGCUGUUUUGCACUUGCCCUUUCACAGUAUCCCACUUCCUGGCAGAGAAGAGAAACAGGUUUGGUAUUCAACCACACUUUGGAAGUCUUACUUGAGAAAUGAAGGGCAGAAGAGGUAGUAUCUCUCUUAUUGUAUAAACCUGAGAUAUUUGGCAUUGUGAGUGUGUAUGUAUACACACAAAUAUGUAACUGCAUUAAUGUACAUUUUUCUAAAACAGAUUCCACUUUCCUUGUGCACUAUCACCCGUACUAAGUUUUGAUUUUAUCGCUGUAUCUUAGCAAGAUUUUCUGUUGAUAAGUAAGCCUGAAAGGAGCUUUGCUAUCUCAGCUGUGGCAGUAAGUUAUAUAAAGUUACAAAAAUAAAUAAAACCCCGCAAACCCAACAGAUACAAGAUAACCAGAUGAAAGGAACAGAUUGUGAAUACAAAUUUGCCCUCCUUUUUUAAAAAAAGAAUUGCUUUACUAAUAUUUUUAAUGAGGAUCAGUGAAGAAACUAGAAUAUUUUACACCUGGCGUUUACAAGAGUGACUCCCGGAUAUGUUUCAGAAUGCAGUUGAAGACCAAGCUCAAGUUACCUCCUCCUGUGGUACAAAGCUGGUAAAAGGGAAAACCAGCUACUAAUAUCAUUAGUAUCAAUGCAGAAUUUUGUUUACUUUAUAUUUUGUUUACUUGUGAUUUUUGUUGCACAGGCAGAAGGAGGAAGCUGCUCUGCUUGUGUAGAAAUAGAUUCCUAAUAAAUUGGUGUUCACUUA